GUAUAUAUAUACGUAAAUCAGUCUCCGAGAUAUGGAUAGAGAGAUUGAUGACAUUGUAGCAUAAUGGUUUUCCGAUGACAGGAAUGAAACGAUCGCAGGAUACUCUCAUACUCCAUUUUGGUAUUUUCGAACAGUGGCAUGUUUGAGCCUUAGGAAUGGAUUUGUAGUUGUAGUCUUGCAGAUAUAUCUUGCUUUAGGACAUUGGUGCUUGCCAUUUAGAAACGUAUGUACGACGUAGCUUAGAUGACUUUGAAAUAGUCUAGCUGCAAGGUACGAUGAGGAAACCCAAAGCUUCAUAUAGUUCCAGAAUGAACUCGUACUCCAACUUUGAAGUCAGGGCUCCAAUGGAGGAGCCUGUUGUUGAACAUGUCCCUGAAUCUUCUCCUAAGAGUGAUAGUGAUGACAGUGAGGAGUCUGAAGAAGACCCAGAAGAGGAAUGUGAAGAGGAUGCAGAAGAGGAACUUGAAGAAGAUCAGGAAACGGGCUCUGAAGAAGAAGACCCAGAGGAGGAAUCAAGUGUUGAACCAUUUGAAGAGUCAGCUGAGGAACCUGCGGAGUCCGUUUCACCAGAUGAGGACGCUUUGAAAGAGAUAAUAUUGAAACCGUCUUCUCUUGGUGAGAUCGAUGGAGAUGAUCACCCAUCAGGAGACUACCAAUCAAGAGAAAACAAGAGGUCACUGGACGUGACAAGUGAUUUGGAGCUGUGUCAAGUCAUUCAAAAUAAGUUCAGACAGGAGGAAGCAUGCAAAGCAGAAUCAGAUGCUGAUAAACAGCAGGAGGAUACUGGAAGUUCUGGAAAACGAAGGCGUAGUAGAUGGGAUGAAAAUGAUGGGAAAACUGAAGAAGGCAACGAGACCAGUAAAAGAAGGAAAACCAGGUGGGCUAGUAAGGUAACAGAUUUAAAAAUGCUUGGCCCUAUUCAACUUCCCAAUUUUGUCACAGGGUUGGUUGGAAACAAUAUGGAUCCAAAAAUUCAGAAGUUGAAACUUAGACUGUCAGAGUUAAACAGCAAGCUGCUCAGUUCAGAGCUUCAUGACGACAGGCCGGAGGAGAAAAGGUCCCCUUCUCCCGAGCCGAAGUACAAUAACCUUGGUAUAAGAACAAAUACGCGAGAAGCGAGGCUUCGCGAGAAGCUAGAAGGAGAACGCCGAAGGGUCAUUUUAAAGUUGGUUAAGGAGAACCCAAUCUUCAAUGCUCUUCCCGAUUACAAGCCUCCGAAGCUCUUCAAGAAACUUUACAUACCGGUGAAAGAAUAUCCUACUUAUAAUUUUAUUGGUCUUAUAAUUGGCCCAAGGGGGAACACACAAAAGAAGCUGGAGAAGGAAACUGGAGCUAGGAUUCUACUGCGGGGUAAGGGGUCUGCAAGAGGACCUGAUAAAAAUAAUUCUGAAUCUGACAAUGAAGACUUGCAUGUCCAUAUAGAAGCAGAUAACCAGCAUUCUCUUGAUGCAGCUGUCGAAAUGGUUGAGAAACUGCUAAUUCCAGUAGACGAGGGUAUGAAUGACCACAAGCGUGCCCAGUUGAAGGAGCUUGCGGAACUGAAUGGUAGUGCAUGCAGGGUAUGCAAGGAGGUAGGGCAUAAAGGCUAUGCUUGUCCCCACCAGCAAUCUACUUUCAAAAUGGUGAUCACAUGUGCAACAUGUGGAAGCUUUUCUCAUCCCUCGUCGAGUUGUCCGUAUUCGACUGCAAACACAAAAGGCAAACCCGACAGAGAAACCAGUGAUGCAGACCUCUAUGUGGGCUAUCUUCCUCAAGCUGUUGAUGAAAAUCGGUUGAGAGAAUUGUUUUGCCCGUUUGGUAAGAUCAGUGAGGUGAAAGUUAUUAUGGAUCGAAAUACCGGUCUAAGUAAAGGUUACGGUUUUGUUAAAUUUGAAAGCUCCAUUGAUGCUGCCAUGGCUGUGACCCAUAUGCAUGGGCUAAAAAUGGAAGGGAAGGUGCUAGCAGUAAGAGUGGCGGGUCGGCCAUCGCCACAGGGAGGAUUGGGCCACCUUCCUAUGUACCCUGGACCACCUGCGGCUAUUUGUGUUAAUAAUGUCCCGAGCCAUUUGAACCACCUUCCUAUGUACCCUGGACCAAUUGCAGCUAUUUCUGCUAAUGCCCUAAGCUUGAGAGCUUUGCCUGAACCACCUGGAUAUAUGCUGCCUGAAGCACAAUCCUCCUUCCAAAUAAACGAGGGAUUAGGGUUACCUUCUUCCUCUCUCUCGUUAGGAUCCCACAAUCAGCUUGUUGAAAGUAAGGGAAUGGAUAUCCUUCCGUCUGUUUUCUUGAGUGCUGCAGGUUCACGACUUACAAGCAACUUUGAUUCAUUGUACAGAUAUCCAAACCAAAUCCCAUUCUCAUCCCCUGGUUUGACAUCACUAUUUCCUGGCAAUCGGGAUUAUUCUGGUUCCCAAUUUCUGUCGUACUCUUCUACGCCGACAUUGAAACCAUCUCCACAAUAUUAUUUCAGUCACACACCUGGGAGUUCCUGAAUUCCUUCAUGAGAAAUGGGGCAAGUGAGACCUCGGUGCUUGCAAAAUGAUGGCACAAGACUACAUUGUGCAUCGGGUGGUUUUUCCAUUGGUGUCCGCCUUAUUAUUUUCUUUGAUAUGGAUUGUUGUGCCCAGAUGUGUAUCAGUUUCUUCUUGCAGUGGCUCUAGAUUUGGUGUUUCAUCUUCUUUUUGCAGUACCUUCGGUGAUGUCCUUCUGAAUUGCCUCAGAAAUUAUAAGUGCACUAUGAUAGGCUGGUUAUUAACAAUUUACUAUCCCUAAAUUUGUUCA